AUGCCCAAUUAUGUCAAGUUUCUUAAGGAGAUUUUAUCCAAGAAAAGAAGGUUUGAGGAUUAUGAGAAAAUGAUGCUUAAUGAGGAAUGUAGUGCUAUUAUUCUGAAUAAAUUGCCUUUAAAGUCUAAAGAUCUAAGGAGUUUCAUUAUCCCUUGUAAAAUAGGCAAUUGUGAAUUUGAUAAAGCAUUGUGUGAUCUUGGUGCAAGUAUUAAUCUUAUGCCUUACUCUGUUUUCAGGAAAUUGAGACUAGGAGAGGUCAAGUCCACUACUAUUUCUCUACAAUUAGCAGAUCGCUCUAUGGUGAUACCAAGGUGUGUAGUGAAGGAUGUGCUCAUAAAAGUCAACAAAUUCAUCUUUCCUGUAGAUUUUGUUGUAUUAGACAUGGUGGAGGAUAAAGAGGUACCUCUAAUUCUUGGGCGCCCAUUCCUUGCCACUAGCAAGGCCCUAAUUGAUGUUCAUAAAGGUACAUUGACUUUUAGAGUUGGGCAUGAAGAGGUAAAAUUCAAUGUCUCUAGUACUUCUAAAGUUUCCAUGGAAAAGGAUGAAUGUUUUAGAAUAGAAGUUGUUAAUGAGAGUUUAAGUAAUUUGUUUAGUGAACCUAAAUUGAAUGAUUUUGAUAAGAUUAUUGUUUAG